GGGGAAGAGGUGGCAUAUGCCAAGAACAAUUCUAUAUCCAGAAUACCAUAUUCAGUUAGAAUAAUGCUUCAAUGUUGAAUCCACAUAGAACUCAAUCACACACCAAUUCUAUUCUCCAGCCACCAUAAACCCUAUUGCGAUGAGAAUCAAUCCCUCUCUAUUUCAAUCCCAACGCUCCUCCCCUCUCUCUCUCCCCCAAUCCACACAACAUCGCAAAACCGCAUUCACAGCCUAUGGGCUCCGCCGCGGAGAAUUCGAGCUCCGAUCCCCAAAUUUCCGCCGUCAUUUUCGAUUUGGACGGAACCCUUCUGAACACAGAGGAUGUUACGAAGAAUGUGUUGAAGAAUUUCUUGGCGAAAUACGGGAGGGUGCAGGAUAGUGAGAAGGAGAGGAAGAGAUUGGGGAUGACUUUCAAGGAAUCGUCUCUCACAAUUGUGGAUGACUAUGAUCUCCCUCUCACCACCGAGGAAUACGUGAAGGAAAUCUUGCCAAUGUACCAGGGAACGUGGCUAUUGGCUAAACCACUUCCGGGGGCUAACCGUCUCAUGAGACAUCUGCACAAGCACGGUGUGCCAUUUGGACUCGCUUCAAAUUCUUUGAGGAAGAAUAUCGAGGGGAAAAUAUCUCACCAUGAUGGUUGGAAGGAUAACUUCAAUGUCAUUCUUGGAAGUGAUGAGGUGAAAUCAGGGAAGCCUGCUCCAGACUUAUUUCUGGAAGCUGCAAAAAGAAUGGAAAUGGAUCCUUCAUGUUGUCUUGUGAUCGAAGACUCUGUUGUGGGUGUUAAAGCAGGAAAGGCUGCUAACAUGAAGGUCGUAGCCGUGCCAUCACUUGAAAAUGAAUCUGAUUCGUAUUCAAUUGCUGAUUCAAUACUGCACUCACUCCUAGAUUUUCAACCAGAACAUUGGGGUCUUCCUGAGUUUGAUGAUUGGGUUGAUAAUGCUUUGCCUACUGAACCUAUUCUUCUCACGGGUGUUCUUAGCAACGGACUUUUUCAGGCACACUCAGAUAAUGGAUUGCCUGACCUUCCGAGUCAAAUAUGGGGACUACACAUCGGCUGGGCCAAAUUAGAUGGGCAGGUCUCGAAGGCUGUAAUCAGCAUCUCUUCUAAGAAAACAAUCCAACCAUGUCUGCUCGAUGGAGAUCAUGAUGCAAGUCACGACAAUGGGAUACAGUUGCUGCUCGUGGGCUACCUACGGAGAUCAUGCACUCUGUCGAUGCAGGGAAAUACGUUGAACAGCCCGGAGAUUGUUGAUGAAGACAAAGUGACAGCCGAUGCUGCUUUAGAUUUGCCUGAAUUUUCCCAUAAAUUAUUUGAAUGUUGAAAAAUGAUGCUGCUGAUUAGUUUAUUGCUGCUUCUUUUUGGUUGA